CGGCCACGCGAGAGCGCGGGAUCGCCUCUCCCGGCGCGCGUCCCCCGCAAUCCGGGGCUUCAGCAGCACGCCGGCCUCCGCUGGCGGGGAGGCAGGAGCCGGAGAUAGAGCCUCGUCCUCGCCCUCCUCUUUGCCCGUCGCCUUGUUCCCCUUUGCCUCCUCCGGCGACCCGGGCUCCCCCGCGCCUCGACCGGCUGUAUGUAUUUCCCCUCUCCUUCUGCCCGCUUAGGAGCCCUUGCGCCGCCUAGCCGCUUUUCCUUUGCAUCGCCCAACCCUGUCACAUCUGACCCCUUCCCUUCCAAGCACCGGCAGUACUGUUGCUUUCCAGUUUCUCCUUCUUGAGCAUCUUUUAUUUUCCCUGCUAGAAAAAGACACCUCCCCCCCAAAUCCCAGUAUAUCUGAUUUUGACAUCUCCACUCUUCAUAACCCCUUGUCCCCAUACGGUUUGCCUUGUUUCUAUCGCUCAACUUCCCCUUACAUGGGGUUCCCCUUUUCUAAAUGCACCCAUCCCAUCCGCCCUAGUUUCUCUUCCUUCUUUUCUGAGGAUCUCCUCUGUACCUGCCUCCAGUUUGGGCUUUCGGGAUCCCCCAGUCCCUUAAGACCCUUUGCAGUAUCUUCAGAACCCCCAUUGGCUCCCCCACACCCAAGCAUCUCCCUGAACCCUGAUCAUUUCUAGUGCUCUCUCCUGAAGAAGCCCUGUGCACUGCUGGGCCUGGUUUUUGCUCCUCGCUCCUUUAGCCUCCCCCCGUCCUGCCCCAGCAAUGGACUUCUUCCUCAGCGGGGUUGCUGCCUGUGGAGCCUGCCUGUUUACCAACCCGCUGGAGGUGGUGAAGACCAGGAUGCAGCUACAAGGAGAGCUUCGUGCCCCCGGCACCUACACUCGCCAUUAUCGUAACGUCUUCCACGCCUUCUACACCAUUGGGCGGGUGGAUGGCCUGGCGGCUCUCCAGCGGGGACUUCUGCCUGCCUUGGUGUAUCAGUUCGGCUUUAAUGGCCUCCGCCUGGGCCUGUACGGGAUCGUCGAGUCGGCUGGCUACAUUCACACGCCGGACGGACGCAUCAGCCCUCUGCGUACCACGCUGGCCGGCGCGCUGGCGGGGGUGCUGGGAGCCAUCGCGAGCAGCCCCAUCUACAUGGUGAAGACCCACAUUCAAGCUCAGUCAGCUGCCGAGAUUGCCGUGGGGCACCAGUACCAGCACCAGGGAAUGCUCCAUGCGCUGUUGAUGAUCCGCAAGGAACAUGGCGUGCUGGGACUGUGGCGAGGGUCCAUCUCCUCUGCGCCCCGGGUCAUGGUGGGCUCCUCUACGCAGCUGGCCACUUUCUCCACUUCCAAAGAGUUCUACAGGCACUUAGAGAUCUUCCCCAAGGAAAGCUGGCUCGUGGCCUUGAGUGCGGGCAUGACUAGCAGCUUCACCGUCGCGCUCGCCAUGACGCCCUUUGAUGUGGCCAGCACACGCCUCUACAACCAACCCGUGGAUGCUGCGGGCCAGGGCCUCUUAUACAAAGGUCUUCUGGACUGCCUGGCCAAAAUCAUCCGCUCGGAGGGGGUUCUGGGGAUCUACAAGGGUCUGGGGGCAUCCUACUUCCGCAUCGGGCCUCACACCAUCCUCAGCCUGCUCUUCUGGGACCAGCUGCGCCAGGUCUAUACCGCUUGGGCGCAGGAGCGGUGACCACCGUUGCGGCGGCCGGGUGUACGCGAUGUGCCCAUGCGAUGCCCCUUCCCUGGAGGGGGACAGCCGUCUUCAGCAGGGCCUCGUCAUCUCCCACGCCCUCCGCAGCCCCUCUGACAUCGAGCUGGGGCUGGCAGGAGAUUGCCUCCGGGCCCUCUGCUGCCCAGGGGAAGCCAUUCCUGGUACGGCAUCCCUUCCUCCUCGCAGCAGGUUUUGGCGUGGCGUUUUGAAAAACCGUCCUCCAUUCCUGGCCCCCUUUUCCCUGGCACAUCUGGGAGAAGAUGGCUUUGCAUGAGCCCUCCCCUAGGCAGGAAAUUUACAAGGGGUAGCGUGUCGCCAGCCUCGGGAGAGAGACCCAUCCCCUUCCGCUCAUGUAGGCCUCUGCAACUUCCCUCCUGCCUGCCCGCCGGCUACAUAUUAUGGUCUGUUAGCACCAGGCCAAUGGCAAGAAUGGGGGCGUGGUGUUGGCGCCUCCCGUGAAGGCUUUGAGGGGUUCAGCUAACUCUGCCGGCCUCCAUGAGAGUUCAGACGGAGAGGCCCACAGAUUGCUGCUCAGCAGCCCCCAAAGGUGUUCCCAUGGUAACCAGGUAGGCCUCACCUGUGCAUGUUUAUUAGAAGCCAUGCGCAUGAAUUUCUCCCUCACCUCCUCCUAGCUCUUGCUCUCAGCCUUUUGUAGUUUGAAAAUUUAGUUCCUUUCUCCAAAGACGAGCCUUCCCAGCACCUUUUAUCACCUCUCCAUUUCCAGGGGCAGAGGCAGCUUACCUAGGGGGUCAGCUCUGGCGCUUUGUGGUAGCCAUAACUCACCCACCCUUGACCAGGACCAAAAAAAUCCAAAUAUGCAGCCAAGGCAUCCGUGUUUUCAUCCAGUUUUAAUUUUAUGGCAGAGAAGAAUGUAACAUUUUCAGUUCUCGAGCACUUUUUAAAUACUGCUGUUUGCAGCACUUUAAAAAUACUUUUGGGUACAGCAAAGGCAUUGCUAAUUAAAUCAGGCCUUCAAGCUGCCUCAAGCGCAGCCUGGUUUCUUGGGAACCGUUCUUGGAAACGCUGGAUUUUCCCCCCUUCAGCAUAAAAGGAACUCUGCAAGCUGAACUCAAGGGGAGGGACUCUGGUCCAGCUUUGUCCCCCACCAGCAGCCCAAAGGCUCUGGGGAUGGCCACGGCCUCUCUUAUUUAUUUAACCCCCCCCCCCUUCCCCUUAAAGCCCUUCCCCCAAAAAAGCGGCGGGAGGGCUUUAUUCUCCUUGGCCUGCCACCUGCAAUCCGAAUCUUUACCACACAUGCUGGUAAAGGCCAAAGCUAGCUAGGAUCAACUGCUAUCAAACCUUGUAAUUUGGAAAUAGUUCUAAUUUAUUUUAUAUCCCCAGAGGAUGGGGGAGAAGAAAACCAGUAGGAAAGAAAGGAGAGGAAAAUAAUUCUCCACCAAAUAUGUGUGUUAGUACUAUGGUCUCAUCUCCUUUUUUUCUUCCACCUUUUCUUGAUGGUUAAGCCUGAAGAAGAAUCCAGUAUGACUCUAAAGCUUACACUAAUGAACACUGAUUGGUUGGCCCUUAUUAAAGGUAGCUGUCUGUCUGUUUGUAA